AUGGAGAUCAUAAUAAACUCCACACAGGUUUCAUAUUUCAUUCUUGGCGCCUACAUUGACACACAGCUAUUUAAAUAUUUAUAUUUCAUCAUUAUUAUGUCUCUGUAUAUGUUUAUAGUUGGUUCCAAUGUCUUGCUGAUUGUGGUUAUCUGUGUGAACAGAAGCUUACAUGAACCUAUGUACAUGUUUCUGUGCAGCCUGUUUGUAAAUGAGCUGUAUGGUAGUACAGGGCUGUUUCCAUUCCUCCUGAUUCAGAUCCUCUCUGAUGUUCACACUGUUUCUGCUCCUCUGUGCUUGCUGCAGGUUUUCUGUGUGUACUCUUAUGGAAGUGUUGAAUUUACUAACUUAGCCAUCAUGUCUUAUGACAGAUAUAUUUCUAUCUGUUAUCCUCUACAAUAUCACACAGUGAUGACAUCGAACAAGGUUGCCUUUCUGAUUGCUGUGACAUGGAUACCUCCUUUUUUUGCUGUUUGUGUCACAACAUUGUUGAGUGCUUCUUUGCAUCUGUGUGGAAAUGUCAUUAAUAAAGUGUACUGUGACAAUCAUGCCAUUAUAAAGUUGGGAUGUGAUGACACCACAGUCAAUAAUCUCUAUGAACUCAUUGCUGCCACUCUCACCGUGUAUGUCCCAGUAUCUGUAAUCCUGUACACCUACGCGAGGAUCCUGAAAGUGUGUUUUUCUGGAUCCAAACAGACCCGACAGAAAGCCGUCAGUACCUGCACGCCUCACCUCGCUUCUCUCAUCAACUUUUCUUUUGGGGUUUUCUUUGAAAUAUUGCAGAGCAGGUUUGAUAUGAGCCAUGUACCAAACACCUUACGGAUAUUUUUGCCAUUGUACUUUCUGACAUGCCAGCCACUUUUCAACCCUGUAAUGUAUGGCUUGUCUAUGUCCAAAAUACACAACGCAUGUAAAAAUCUGCUUUUACGUUCUGUUGGGAAGACCGGGAUAUUCAUCACAUUUAUUCAGAUCAAGAAAUAA